AAACAAUUAUAUAUCUCAAAUUUUUUCAAGUAAGGAAACAAAAAAAUUUAAAUACUCUCUCUGUCCCUACAUAAACUUUUUUUUUUUAACUUUUUGAGAAAUUAAGAAAUAUUUUGGUGUUAUUUUCCAAAAAAAAUACUAGGAGGAACGCCGAACGCAAUACAGGGCUUCUAAAUCAAUCUGUGAGUUUUGAUAUAGGAAUUCACAAGUAAAGAGAAAUCAGCUGAGAUGAUAGAAGAUAUAGAGGAACCGCUGAAUCGCAGUGAAUUGGGUGACCGCCUUCCCGAAUCCGUGGUAUAUAUAUAUAUAUUUUCUUCUCCCUUCUAUUGUUGUAAAUACGUUUCUAGUUCUACUGUCUUGUGUCUUCUCUUUGCCGAUUUCCACUUUUUAUAUGAACAAACUCCGGUGAAUUGCGUGGAAAGAGAUUUAUUCCAGGAGGGGCUGAAUGUUGAUGCACAGGGUCCAUCCCUCAAGAGAAAAUCCCUCCUCGAGCUGAAUGUUGCAAAAUGCAAUGAACUGACCCCAGCGUGGAUACUCUUUAGGAUGAUGAUUCCCACACCGAGUGUUGGUUGGGUUGAUCGUUGCAAUCGUAGGAUAAAGCAUUCUUACGGGCAGGAGAAUGACUACAAUGUUAAAGUUGAUUUCUAUGCAGCUGGAGGUGGAUUUGGAAUUGUUAUGGUAUCGGCCAAAAAAGACUCUAGGCGCUCCACAGUUCAUGCUGUGGAGGUUUUUCGCGAGAUUUACUAUUUGUUCUAUCCCGUGUUGCGUAUUUUUGAGGGCAAACGCUUGAUAAGGCUACUUGUACCGGCUGCACAUACUAAAAGGUUGAUUGCUCUCCAUACAAUCAGGUCUCCUUCUAGCAAACUUGCUAUCUAUAUAACAGAUAAUGUUUCAUUUUUAUCCUCUGGUGAUGUGAUUGUUGAAGUGCAAGAGGAUCAAUCCAUGGAUGAGAAUAAGAUAAUGGAAUCAGUUUUUUCUGAUCUGGGAGAGUUAACAGUUGAUGAGAGCAUGGUGUCUGAAAUUAAAGCUACAAAUGGGAUUCAUCCAUCAAAACAUGUUAUAUCUGCAUGUGGGAAAACACCUUCUGGGGUAAAAGUAAGAAGAGGUUUUGAGGUCAAGGCAUCCCAACUAAUUCCCCUGUCUUACAUUGAUUAUAUCAUUGGUAAAGAUGGGUCUAAUGUUGAUAACAUAAGGGAAUCAAGCCCAGCUAGUGUUUUCAUUAGAAUUUCUACUCUAAAAGAGGUGACAAUUAGUAUUGUUGGUGAAACACGCCAUGAGGUAGAGGUUGCUGCAACCGUUAUGGAGGAUAUGAUUCCCAAACACCUCAAAAAAGAUGGAAAGCCUGUUUUUGAUGCACUGGUGUACUCAUCUUCAGAUGAUGAGAGAGAUGGUUGGCUUAAUAUUCCGGCCUUAGCUCCCAAUAAGCAAGACACGAUCCGGAGUUUGUAUUAUUUUGAGUCGCGCAUUGGGGACGCCAAUUAAGUUAUUGUAUAGUCUCGGUUAAACUCUUUACAUGGUUGAUGUACUUAACUCUUAAUCUAGGUAUUAAAUUUAUGUAUAACACCUCUUCAUGCUUUUUUACUUGGUUGAAGUACCUAUGUUUAUGUAUCUUGUCAAUCGUGGAAGAUGUGAUUAUGUGAACCAUGAGAUUCAAUUGAAUUAUCUAUGUGUUAAUAACUUUUGAUUGCACAC